AUCUGAGAAAUGUUUGAGUCAGAGAUUUGUCCCAACACAGUGAGUUGGUUGUUUGCAGAUGAACCUCUUAUCUAACAAUGACCUGAGGACCUUGUUCAGAUAAAUAUCCCACCGAGUCGAGCUGCUCUUCAUUCUUCCAAAAAGACCAGACCACAACUGGUGGCAAAAGGCAACAUGGCUCCAUCACUUGUUUUCACAGCAGGAGGUCUCCUGUUACUUUUCUCCUUCUCAUCAGCAGAAGUCAGAGGAGACAACCUUGCAUCAUGCAACAUGGAUAAUGACUUUGGAAAAUACUGUCCUACAACAUGUGGAGUGGCGGAUUACAUGCUGAGGUAUAUGCCGGAUGUGGACAAGGAUUUGGACAAUUUGCAAGAGACACUUGAAACAAUUGCCAAUGUGACCCAAGAGGCCAAAGAAACUGUUGUCUACAUGAAAGAUUCUACUAUGUCAGCUCAGAAGGCCACCCUGCCAGAUCCAUACUACAGAAAAUCAUCGAAUAUGCUGAAUGAUGUUGUUCAGUUUGAAAAGACCAUCAUCACACAGGAACAGCAAGUAUAUGAACUUCAGGAUUUAAUUUCAUCCAACGAGAAGAGAAUGUCAGACUUGAAACAGCUCUCCGUGCAGCUGCAGCAGAAAUGCGCUGAGCCCUGCAAAGACUCAGUUGAAAUCCAGCCCCUCACAGGAUCAGACUGCCAGGAUAUUGCUAACAAAGGUGCCACCACCAGUGGGCUUUAUUAUGUGAAGCCAGCUAAAGCCACUGAGCAGUUCCUGGUCUAUUGUGAGAUUGACAGCUUUGGACGUGGCUUCACAGUCAUACAGAGGAGACGCGAUGGCAGUGUGGACUUCCACAAGGACUGGGUCCAAUACAAGGAGGGCUUCGGAUAUCUCUCACCAGACGACACCACAGAGUUCUGGCUCGGUCUCGAGAAGAUGCAUCUUCUGACGGGCUCUACAACCAUGCCGACUGUGCUGAGGAUAGAGCUUGUUGACUGGGAAGGCAACACAAGGUAUGCCGAUUACACCACAUUCAGAGUUGGAACCGAGGGCGACAUGUACCGUCUUACAUACGGUUACUACUUAGCCGGUGAUGCUGGAGAUGCUUUCGAUGGCUUUGACUUUGGUGAUGAUGCCAGUGACAAGUUCUACACCUCUCACAAUGGCAUGCAGUUCAGUUCCUUCGACAAGGACAAUGACAAGUACGACGGCAACUGUGCUCAGCAGGACGGCUCCGGCUGGUGGAUGAACAGAUGUCAUGCUGCACAUUUGAACGGCAAAUACUACCAGGGUGGCAGGUACACAGAAAAGGAUGCAGGUGAAUUCGGCUACGACAACGGCAUUAUCUGGGUCACAUGGCACAACCGCUGGUACUCCCUGAAAGAGACCACCAUGAAGAUCAUUCCCCUCAGUCGCAUCACAGCAGAAGGUGGACAGCAGCAGAUUGGGGUGAAAAACUUUGGCGGGCUUGGAGUUUAAAAAGAAGACUAACAUGGUUGUGGUCUGUUUUUUGCUUUAGUUAUGGUGUUCAGCACCAAAUCACUCAAUUAAAUGCCUCCGCGGUAAAAAAUCUGACUUUAUGAUGUGUAAUGCAGAUGGGGAAAAAGCAUUUGGUAAAAACAAACACUAAAAUAAGAUGUAUCUGAAUUGACUCUGCAAAAGUUUAAAUAUGUUGUCAUAGUACAACAAAUAUACACCUGUAUGUAUAUAAAUAAAACCUUCCUUAAAUGUAAA